GCAGCAGUGUCCGGUUGCAGACCGGUCCCGACACAAUUCCCCUUUGGCAUCAGUCAAAGGUCUAUUUUUGGCCUGAGGCUAAGCUGAUUGUGGGCCUUGAAGAUUCUGGCCCUCCCUGAUUUUUUUUUCUCGUAGUCAGUUGUUCAGGCUUAUUAGGAAAAGAGGGAGUUGUCUAACAGCAGAGGAGAGUUUUGCUGAAUGUUGAGCUCAGUACUGAGGGAUGCAGCCCUGUAGGCUACAACAUUAGUUGCCGAGGUGAGGACAAUUGUGAUUGGGUGUUUCCUUUCAUCCCUGUGCGGGACUGCUGUCACUGCUCUCCUCCUCCUCCUCCUCGGCAGGAACUCAACAACUGUAACUUCACUUUGCAGGCUGAAGAGGUCCAUUUUUGUGCUGUUAAUUCGACGCAUUACAACUACUUAAUUACUCUGUGGUCGGAUACCAUCAGAAGCGAACUUAGAAAACUAACUUCAGGUUGUUUGUUCGGCGUCCUCCCGUUGGGUCCCGACGAGGAGGAUGGAGACGAGCCCCAUCCCGGUGUUGACGGUCCAAACCGCCCCCUUCGACGACCAGCGGCCCGGUACCAACGGGCUGCGGAGGAAGACAGCGGUGUUCGAGGGGAAGAAGAACUACCUGCAGAACUACAUACAGAGUGUGUUGUCUUCCAUCGACCUGCGGGACCGACAGGGCUGCACCAUGGUGGUGGGCUGCGACGGCCGCUACUUCAGCCGAGCUGCCACCGAGGUGAUAGUCCAGAUGGCAGCUGCCAAUGGGAUUGGUCGUCUGGUAAUCGGCCACAAUGGUCUCCUAUCCACCCCUGCUGUUUCCUGCAUCAUCAGGAAGAUCAAGGCCAUUGGCGGGAUCAUCCUCACAGCUAGUCACAACCCCGGAGGCCCUGGUGGAGACUUUGGAAUCAAGUUCAAUGUGGCAAAUGGAGGUCCGUCUCCGGAUACAGUGAUGGAGAGGAUCUACCAGGUGAGCCGGACACUUGAGGAGUAUGCAAUCUGCCCUGAUCUCCGCAUCGACCUGUCCAGACUGGGAAGACAAGAAUUUGACCUGGAGAACAAGUUCAAACCUUUCAGAGUGGAGAUCGUUGACUCAGUUGAUGUGUAUCUACAACUGCUAAAAAACAUCUUUGACUUCAAUGCCAUUAAAAGUCUUCUCACAGGACCAGAUCAGCUCAAGAUACACAUAGAUGCCAUGAACGGAGUAAUGGGCCCCUAUGUACGUAGGAUCCUGUGUGAUGAGUUGGGAGCUCCUGCUAACUCUGCUGUCAACUGUGUCCCUCUGGAGGACUUUGGUGGCCGACCUCCAGAGCCCAACCUGACUUACGCCACCUCUCUGGUAGAUGCCAUGAAAGGAAGUGACUUUGGCUUUGGAGCUGCAUUUGAUGCAGAUGGGGACCGUUACAUGAUCCUCGGCGAAAACGGCUUCUUUGUGAACCCGUCAGACUCGUUGGCCAUCAUGGCUGCCAACCUCUCCACCAUCCCCUACUUCAGACAGCUGGGAGUCAAGGGCUUUGCCAGGAGUAUGGCCACCAGCACUGCCCUCGACAGGGUAGCCAAAGCCAUGAAACUGUCACUGUAUGAGACUCCCACAGGCUGGAGGUACUUUGGGAACCUGAUGGAUUCUGGGCGUUGUUCCCUCUGCGGGGAGGAGAGCUUUGGGACAGGUUCAGACCACAUUCGUGAGAAAGAUGGUUUGUGGUCGGUGUUGGUGUGGUUGUCUAUCAUGGCCGCCAGGAAACAGGGAGUGGAGCAGAUAGUCCGAGAACACUGGGCCAAAUUUGGACGUAACUACUUCUGCAGGUUUGACUAUGAAGGCCUGGACCCGCGCGCAGCCUUUUACCUGAUGAAGGAUCUGGAGUCAGUAAUAGCAGACAAAGCAUUUACCAGCCAGAAGUUUGCCGUAGGAGACCACAUAUACAGCGUGGAGAGGGCUGACAACUUUGAGUACAUCGACCCAGUGGAUGGAACAGUGGCUCGAAACCAGGGUCUGAGGAUUGUGUUCACUGACGCGUCCCGUUUGGUGUUUCGGCUGAGCGGGAGCGGUGCAGGGACGGGUGCCACCAUCCGCAUUUACGCCGAGAGCUGUGAGAGAGACCCAGAGAGACACAACAGAGAGACACAGGUGGUGCUGGGUCCUCUUAUCGCCAUCGCCCUGAAGAUCUCCAAUGUCCAUGAGAGGACAGGACGCCGUGGCCCUAACAUCAUCACAUGAGCAACCAGGAAAACACACACUCGCAUGCAUGCUCACACAUGCAUCUAACUGCUCACACAGACAAAAAUACCUUCAAAAUAUCAUUUUUCUGUACUUAUCUGCCAUUUUUUUAAAUCCCUUCUCUGUAGCUUCUUUUCUUUUUUCUUUAAAUGAUGACUGAACUGAUGGUGCUUAUCUCAAAAAAAGAAAGCACAAUGUUCUCUCAACUGUUGACCACUAUCAUCUGUCAGCCUUUUCAUUGUUGCCAUGAAUAAAUAAUGAAAAAUAUGUAAACAGCAAACCUGUUAUGAAUGUGCAGACUGACUGUUAAUGUUUAUGGCUUGCAAUUAUCAAGACUUUUUCAAAGACAUUUUUUUGAUCCACCAUGCUGUUUUUAUAACAGUGCAUUGUACACUUAUUUCUUUUCAUGCAGAAGUAAUCAAACUUUUGUCGAAGUGUAAAAUAAAACAAGUGUUUCAUUGCAACUAA